AUGUUUGAAAGUGAUUGCAAAAAAUUUUUCCUGCGGUGGAAUCUUAGACUAUUUAGUUUCGCAGCGGCCCGCAGUAGUGCGUUCCCCGCUCCCCACUUCCCCUUACUCCACUCACCUACAGCAGCUGCGCGGCCAUGCCGAGCUUCAGGCCGCUCCCCAUAUCUCCUCAUUUACCCCCCUCCCCCUCCCCACUACCUUUCCCCUCUCCCCCAUUCCCUGCUCCCCGCUCCCCUUACCCCACUCACCUACAGCAGUUGCGCGGCAUCACCGAGCUACAGGCCGCUCCUCACUUCUCCCCUCCUAUCUUUUCACUUACCCCUCCCCCCUACCUUCCCCCCUUACUUCUCCCCACUUCCCCCCACACAUCCCCACCCCACUCACCUACGGCAGCUGCGCGGCCACGCCGAGCUGCAGACCGCUACCCACUUCUCCCCUCCUAUCUCCCUCCCCACUACCUUUCCUCCUCCCCACUUCCCCACUCACAACUUAUCCCCACCCCCACUCACCUACAGCAGCUGCGCGGCCACGCCGAGCUGCAGACCGCUACACACUUCUCCCCUCCUAUCUCCCUCCCCACUACCUACCCUCCUCCCCCCCCCAUAUUUCUCCCCACUCACCACUCAACCCCACACAUCCCCACCCCCACUCACCUACAGCAGCUGCGCGGCCAUGUCGAGCUUCAGGUCGCUCCCCAUAUCUCCUCAUUUACCCCCCUCCCCCUCCCCACUACCUUUCCCCUCUCCCCCAUUCCCUGCUCCCCGCUCCCCUUACCCCACUCACCUACAGCAGCUGCGCGGCCACACCGAGCUUCAGGCCGCUCCUUACUUCUCCCCUCCUAUCUUUUCACUUAGAUAG